CAUUCACGCCUUCUGUUUAUCAGCAUGCUCACAUAAGUGUUGCUCACACUCUCAGGCAUGAGCCACUUGCAGAUUUGUUGAAGAGGAUAAACUGCUGGACAGCCGCCCGUCUGGCACAGCAAUGCUACACUGACGAGACGGCGUCCGCAUCAAUAUGUGUCUGAAUGUGCUUUCACCUUGGUCUCCUCUUUUUUUUUCUCCUGGUUGCGUUGAGCUGUAACUGUCAGGCCGGACAAAGUUUUACUUCAGGGUUUUUGAAGUAAAACGUGGAGUAGUUGGAGGUCUUACAGACACAAACGACUCCAAGAGAGGAAACAGUUUUUUAUCUACACCAGAGGCCAUGUCUGCAGCUCAAGUUUCGGUGCUGAUAUUUCUUCUGAAUUAUGUCGGAUUUUUUCACGGGAUAACCACUCAAGCUGGAUUCAAAUCAAGCCCAGAAAACCGGACUGGUUUCUCUGAGCGGACCGUGAGAACUUUCCCUGCUUCACACAUACAUGAUGGACACAUAAAAGCUUUACUACAAACCCAGAACAUUGUGGAAACAAUGUCUAUAAGCUCAACCAGCGGAGAUGGAGACAAACCAGACAUUGAAAGAGACAAAGAUUAUGAAGGCAGGAAUCCUGAACCACAUCCUGUGUCUUUGACUGAGGAGGAGCUUUUUAAAUCUGAUGUGGAGAACCAGGGGAGUCGAUGGAGCUCUGAAGACAAGACCAGGAGUCCGACUCCAGGGAAACGUCAGUAUGAGUUUCAUGCAGUCGAUGGCAGCUUCACAAGUGGUAUUGUGUCUGUCGCAGACAGUGUUGAGGCGACUCUCUCAAGCCCUGAUAUUCAAUCUGAGAAUCCCACAGAAACAAUCAUGACAGAAGCUUUUUCUAACAGACCGCAUGUUGCUCCCACUUCUACUUCUGUUUCCACCACUGAAUCAGGCCCUCUUGUCUCCAGCUCACUCCCCUCAUAUAAGUGUGGAGGAGAAAUGAAGGAAGUAAGAAAGAAAUCACCAUCAUCACUUAUCACAUUGCCACUUUUUGCAGGCACAACCUCGUCCCCAGAAGACUGCAGAGCAAAACAGGAGCAGGAACAAAAAGAAAAGGCAGAAUCAAAGGAUUUAUCUGCACCUCAGAAAGAUCCAGCUUCAAACCUGACCUUUAUUUCUAGCAGAAUAUUAAAGGGAGAAGAACUGAACACUACUGACUUUGACGCUAAGUUGGAUAAUACUUCAGCCAGUGAAAGAAGAGAAGUAAAAAUGGGUAAUCAUCUAGAAGCUGUUUAUCCUAAAGUGAAUGCAACACAACUUCCACAAGCAGGAGGAAAUGAAGGUGCAGAUACAGAUUAUGGUGAUGAAGAGUUAAAGAGGGAGGAGGAAGAUCUGAAACAUCCAACAAUGGAAGCUACAGUAUUUGACAAUGAGGAUGUCAAACCUCACCAUCAGUCCUCAUCUGAUUUAAUCUUUAAUUCUGGAGUCAAAUCCCAGACUGAAACACCACAACAGGCUGUUCAAGCAGCCAAUCAGGCCUCAGACAUCAAAUACAGAGAAGUACAGGCAAAACCCAGACCAGGAAUCAGAGGUCAAAGGGGACAGCAGGGUUCACCAGGAUUACCAGGGCCACCGGGAACUAAAGGAGACAAAGGCUACCAAGGCGUCAUGGGCAGGACCGGGCAGACCGGAUACAGAGGCCCCGUUGGGCCACCUGGGAUGUCCGCCAUUGUUGUGUUCAAAACCUCUGAAGACGAGUGGGAGGCUUUCAAGAAAAAAAAAAUCUACAAAAAGCUUGUAUCUUCUUGGCCGAAACGUAAAGGACCUCCAGGCCCACCUGGACUUCCUGGAGAAGAGGGACCAGUUGGCCCACCAGGUAUUGCUGGAAAGCAAGGACCAAAAGGAGUUCCAGGGAAAACUGGGAGACCAGGACCACAAGGUAUGCCGGGUCCACAGGGUCGACCUGGAGAAGACGGCACCCCAGGACGAGAUGCUGAAUCAGGCCCCACAGGCUUCCCUGGAGAACAGGGUCUUAAAGGUUACGAUGGAGAGAAGGGAAGCAAAGGGGAGCUGGGUGAGUGGGGUUAUCAGGGAGAAGCUGGAGCUCAAGGGCAAAGAGGAAGAAAAGGAGCAAAGGGAAAUAAGGGAGCCAAAGGCUUUGAUGGGAUUCCCGGCUACAGUGGUAUACCUGGAGUCAGGGGACCUCGUGGUUUCCCAGGACCACCAGGACCUCUGGGAGAAAUCGGAGCUCCAGGCUUUAGCGGUCCUCCUGGUCCACCUGGGAAAAUUGGCCCCAGAGGAUUAGUGGGACUCACUGGAGUUAAGGGGCCUCCUGGUCAUCAAGGACAAAUGGGCUCCAGGGGAGCAGCUGGACCACAGGGAGAGCCUGGUCCAGAUGGAGCAGUGGGGUUUCCUGGUGUGCACGGCCCUCAGGGAAACCCUGGACUAAUUGGACCUAUAGGACCUAAAGGUGAUCCUGGAGAUCAAGGAGAUGAGGGUGAAAUUGGUGAACCUGGACCUCCUGGACUGAAUGGGGACAUUGGAGAAUCAGGAAAGCCAGGACCCUCAGGUGAUCCUGGUGCCAAAGCCCGGAAAGGUGAGAAAGGAAGCACAGGGUUUAAUGGAGACCUUGGACCUCCAGGGCCUCCAGGAAAACAGGGAGUGAAAGGGCGAAAGGGCCCAAUAGGGCUACAAGGACUGGAAGGACCAAGAGGACUGAUGGGACUUCCUGGACCCUCUGGAGCUGAUGGCAUUAUGGGAGAGCAAGGGAGGCCGGGAAAAGAGGGAUCCAAGGGAGAUCAAGGACAGAGUGGCAAUCAGGGAAGUCCUGGUUCAAGAGGUGACAAGGGCCGAGGCGGUCGAGCUGGAUUUUCUGGACUGCCUGGACCCAUUGGAGAGAUGGGCAAAUCAGGAGAGAGAGGACCUGAAGGAGAACCUGGUAUUAAGGGACGGGAAGGCGUUCCAGGGGUUUCAGGACCAAAAGGGAUGAAGGGUUCUCAGGGUCAUUCAGGCAGCAGAGGGCAGGAUGGUGAAAUUGGAGCAAAAGGACCAGCUGGUGAAAAUGGAACCACUGGGGAUGCUGGACCUCAAGGACCAAAAGGAUCUUCUGGAAAAUUAGGGUCUCCUGGCAUUCAAGGGCCUGUAGGAAACAGUGGAGAACCUGGCAGCACAGGACUGAAGGGGCCAGCAGGAAGACCUGGAGACAGAGGGGUUAAAGGUAAACCAGGCCUCAGGGGGCAAUCAGGAAAUGAGGGGUCAAAGGGCAAAAGAGGUGAGAAAGGGCCAAGAGGAAAGCAAGGGCCUCCAGGAGAAAUUGGCGCUCCUGGACCAAAAGGAUACACAGGACCUCCUGGUAUCCAGGGUAACAUUGGCCGCUGGGGUGAGGAAGGACCACGAGGUCCUUCAGGUGGCACAGGACUGCAAGGUCCAGUUGGGCCAGAUGGAGUAACUGGUUAUCCUGGUAAAGAUGGGCCUCCAGGACUCAUAGGAUCAUCUGGUCUUAAAGGUGGCAAGGGACUCAGAGGAGCUGUGGGUCAGGAAGGAGUUUCUGGUCUCGAUGGUGAGGAGGGUAAUAUUGGACUUAUGGGACCCAGAGGACCAGCUGGCCAAAAAGGCCUCCCUGGUGACAGGGGAACAACUGGACCGACAGGGCCAAAUGGACUAAAGGGUGACGAGGGCGAAAAAGGAAACCGAGGACCACAAGGACCAAAAGGGCCUCUGGGCAAGCAGGGAUACAGGGGUCCUUCAGGAGACAGAGGGCAACAAGGUCUUCCAGGUCCAAAGGGAGAGGCAGGCGCCGGAGGUUCAUCAGGAAUCCCUGGACAGUUUGGACCUGGAGGCAAAACUGGAGCAGCAGGGGCCAAAGGGCAGAAGGGGACCCAGGGACAGGCUGGCCCUCCUGGUAGGACCGGUCCCACUGGGAAAAUUGGACUGUCGUUGUCUGGUUUAUCAGGCAUAAAAGGAGAAGAAGGUAAAGCAGGAAAGCCUGGACAAAAGGGCAGUCAUGGGGAGAAAGGCAUAACUGGUCCUCCAGGCAUUAAAGGAGACAUGGGAGCAAGAGGCCAACAAGGUGCAAAGGGUGAAACUGGGAAACAUGGCGCAGUGGGCACUGUAGGAAAAUUAGGAUUUGUUGGGUCUCCAGGAUCUAAAGGUCGACCUGGACCUGCUGGUCUUCCUGGUUCUCCUGGACCCAAAGGAAUUCAGGGACCAAAAGGAAAAAUUGGCCAGUCUGGAAGGAAGGGAACCAAAGGAGCGCCUGGGAAAACUGGAUCUGAUGGCCAAAAAGGGAGGCCUGGACCUCCUGGAACACCUGGAAAACCAGGCUUAAAUGGCUUGGAUGGUUUGCUGGGGGUUGACGGAAAUGAAGGAUAUCCGGGGGCUAUUGGUUUGAGAGGAGCUCCCGGGGCUCCCGGCAGCCUUGGGGAGACAGGAAAACCUGGACCUCCUGGGAUUAGAGGACACCCUGGAGCUAUCGGGUUUAAGGGUAAAACUGGUUUAAAAGGAGCAAAUGGACCACUUGGACCAGUUGGGUCAAAGGGAGUCCCUGGGCUGAGAGGAGAAAAGGGUGAAACAGGCAGUGUUGGCACUGAGGGUUUUUUGGGUGAAAUUGGGAUGCCAGGUCCGGUUGGUCCACUAGGGCCAAAGGGGAAUCCUGGUUUGCAGGGGCUAAAAGGCCAAACUGGUCAAAAAGGAAAUCGUGGAAACCUGGGUGCUUAUGGUCCACCAGGGCAGAGAGGCUCUCCUGGAUUAACUGGUCAUCUUGGAAAAAAGGGGAUCAAGGGAGUCCAAGGAAAAAGAGGACCAAAGGGAGCUGAAGGCAAACCUGGACCUCCUGGACAACCAGGAUUACCCGGCAGACUCAGACAUAAACAAAUACAAUCUGAGUCGGGACCUGAUCUACCAACUGAGCAAAAGCACAAGUCCAGACCCAGUUCAAGGCACAGACUGAAAAAUUCCCAGGAUUCUCCUAAUCUACUAAAAACAAAUGAACAAAAGCAGAGCCGGUUGAUGUCACGGUCUGCAGACGAGCAAGCUGAGGAAUCCUCCAGCUUGCCUUUGGGAACAAAAGAUGAUCCAGGCACCACCUGCUAUGAACUGAAACUUAUCUAUCCACAUCUGGAAGAUGGUUAUUUUUAUAUGGACCCCAAUCAAGGCUGUGCAUGCGAUGCAGUGAAAGUCUUCUGCAACUUCACAGCUGGAGGAGCAACCUGCAUAGACCCUCAACAUUCACAGAUCAAAAUGAGUUUGAAACCAGACAUGAAGUCAAGAAUGCCGGUGCAGUGGUUUACUCUUCAAUGCAACAAAUACGGAUUGGAGUAUACUACUGUGGACAUUGUACAGCUGAGGUUUUUGAGGUUCCACAGUCACACUUCUUUCCAGCACAUCACUCUCAGAUGUGCAGGAAACCAGUCCAGUCCCACUGCCACUGCAGAUUUAGCCAAGUGGAUUGUAAACUUGCAGGGGGAUUCUGGCAAAAUCAUCGACACAAGCUUCAUUGCAGUGUCCAGGAAAACCUGUGAGGUGCACAUGGUGGUGAAGGUUUGCGGUAGCACAGAGUUGCAUCGAGGGGAUAUGGAGUUACUUCCUCUCAGAGAUUUGGGAAUAGAGUUGAGCAGUACACCCAGCAGUAUCUCUGAGAUCUCUGUAGUUUUGGGACCUCUCUGCUUCUUGUGAGCAGUGUUAUGCAUAGGAUUAUAUUCCUCAUGGGUCAAUAGAAUUAUGUAAGUUAUUGUAUACAAUCCAUACUAUAUAUGUCAGGAGGGUAAUUUAGUUAGAUAUGAUUUAGUUUGAGUUGUUUUUGUAUAUUUUGUAAAUAUUUAUUUGGAUGUAAAGCUAUUAUUUGCUCAAAUACAUCAUUGUUUGAUAUUUGAUUGAUAGUGUACAGUUAUUUUAUAUAUAUUUUUCUCCAUUUACAUUGAUAUAUUUAAUCCAGAUAUACAUUUUAUGUAUUGAAAGUGCUAACAAUGUAGAGUAGAUGCUGAACUUUGACAAGUUAAUGUUAUUUUCUGAUGUUUAUUUCACUGUUGGAAGUUGUUCCUUGUUUGUGCACACAAUCUUGUCCAAUAAAGCUGAUUCUGUUUUUAGCUUCUUUAAACCACCUCAUGUUACAUCUGAAUGUAUUAAAAAGGGUUUUGUCUAAUUCAAUGGGAAGAUAUUUAAAAUCUCUUGUUUUUAAAAAAUAAAGAACAAGUCUUUUUUUAUCAUUAAAAUAUAACAUCCUUAUACUGUAACUUCAUUUUAUUGCCAUAAUACUGUUAAGUGUUUCAUUCCAGUCCAAAAACAUACAGCAUCCAUACAUCCAUGGAAAAGAUUUGAA